UCUACAGAGCAGCAGACAGCAGCAACUAGAGAGAGAGAAAUGCACUGUAGCAAGCUAUUAAAAAAUAUUCAGGAGGAGGCACAUCAUGAAGAGAGGCGUUAGCGUGGCGGGGGACCGGGACACUCUAAGUGUUGCCACCCAGCUGUCCCAGGGCCAGUCCUGCCCCCCCUCAAGACAGGACACAUUGCCACGGUCCUCUUUGGAUAUGGCCAGUUGCAGUUCCACAAAUACUGAGAUGGAGAGGAGUGUUGAACUAGAGAAAAAAGAACAGAAGGAACUUGGAAAUGGCCUCAAUAACAAACAGGAACAUGAACUGGAAGAAAUAAAACAAAAAUUGAUGGCAGUGGAAAAAGAAGUAGCAACACUUAAAAAAGCCUUAAUGGAAGUGGCAAAAGGAUUGGAGCAACAAAAGAAAAAUGAGAAACAAGAUUUGAAGGUUCAGGAAGAGGACAUGCAUAAACUGCAAACAGAACAGAUGAUGCAUGAAAAGCUCAUGGAGCACAAAACAAACUUGACAGAGCAGGAGAAGAAACUAAAUGAAGAGAAGGAACUAGAACUGAAGGAAUGUGAACCGAAACAACCGACCAAACAGGAAACAGAAACAAACGUAACGAGAGAAAAGCUGGUGGAGCAAAAAACACACUCAAAGGAAUUGAAGGAAAAAGAGAGAGAAUUUAUGGGAGAAGAAAAACAACUGGUGGAGAAUGGAAGAGAACCAAGGGUACAAGGAAAAGGACACAUCAAUGAAGAAAAUGAAAUGUUAGAAGAGGAACAAGAAUGGGAAGGAAAUAUUGAGGAGGACACUGAAAGGCAGGAGAUUGAGCAGGACAGAACAAGUGAGAACGAAGGUGAGAGUGAGAUGGCCAGUGAAUCAAACACUGACACUGUGGUUCCGACAGUCAAAGCAGAGCAGAGAGAGAGACUGGAAUGGCUUAUAGGAGAACUCGAAAAGUGCGAGCAAUGGCAGGACAUGCAGACCAGGUUCAUGGACAUUCUGAAGCUGAAAAUGUACAUGCUCUUACAUAAACUGGACGGAAAUGAUGGAAACGCAGAGGAGAUAGAGAGGAUGGAAGAGGAUAUGUCAGAAAAGAUGGCAGAGAUGGAGAGAUUGAGAAAGGAUACAAUGCAAAGAGCGCAGGGCCAAAACACAGAAAACAUUGCAGGACCUAGGAUAGCUGUCCAGAUAGGUCAUGAAACACAGCGUGAGACACCAGAGAUGGAUGUGGAGAGAGAUGAGUCUGAGUGUCUGAGAGCUGUGACAGAUCAAAAUGGUCAGCACAGUGAGGAAACGUCAGAAGAAAUAAACAGCGCCUCUGCAGAGAAGAGGAUAGAGGCUAUGACAGACAUGCUACAGUUGUCUGACUGUGCCGUAGAGGAACAGCAAAGGAAAAAGGACACCAUAAAACCACAGGGGCAAGGCAUAGGGACAGACAAUAUUACACCAUUGACAAUGUGUAUCCAGAAAGACAACAAGAAACAGCCUGAGGCGGCAUCAGAGGUGAAGGUGGACAGAUAUGAUGAGCCUGGGCCAUCAGACGUAGAGGUGGACAGAUAUGAGGAGCCUGAGGUAGGCCUACUUGGAGGUGAGACAGAGCACAGUGCUCAGGGUUGUGGAGAAAAGACAGGUGAAUUGGACUGCACCACUACAAAGAUGAGGGGGGAAGCUGUGACGGAGAGGACACGAGUUGCAGAACAGACUUUAGUCCAACAGCAAAGAAAGAUAUGGGUCCUGGAACAAGUGACAGCAGAGCUGACUAGUAAGUGCACAGUGAUGGAAAUAGAGAGAGCGAAACAAGACCUGAGGAUUAGCCAACUGGAGAGUUUAGCAGCACAGAUGAUGAACACAAUCGCAGAGAUGGAGAAUCGCGAUGAAGCAGAACAAAGCAGAGAGGAGAAGGGGAACGCAGAGAAGUUGGAUAGAAUAACAGAAGAUGCUGAUGUCCAUGUAAGACAAGACAAUGAAAAACCAGCAAUACUGGCGUCGUCUGAAAAAGUGACAGCUCUUGGAGAAGGAAUGUGCGGACGAAAUGACUUAGAGAAAACAAAGUGGACCUGUUUGGACGGUGAUGUCUUGGAAUUUUUCCGUCAGAGAGAGGAGGAGAGACACAGACGAGAAAAUGGAUACAAAAAGCCCAGGAUGAGCUUGGACAGAGAGAUGACCCUUCAUAGGGAGGCAAGGAGAAGAGAAAGGGAUGCGAAAAUGAAAGCAGCAGAAAAGACAAAAACACACAAUGAGACAAUGAUGAUGACACGUGAACCAACGUCAUGGAAUAACUGGUCGGACUCAGAAGACACAGAGUUCCUGAAAAAGAGAGAUUUGCUGAGGGCACUACGAGAGAUGGACGCUUCAAGAACCAAAGAAGAUGAAAAUGAGAGAGAGAUGACAACAGCUCAUUGCAGUAACGCAAUACAUGCAGAGAGCGAAGGUGGACUUAGGUCUCUGAAAACAGAGGAGGAAAAAAUGAGGAAAAAAAUGCAAAUGGCUAGAAGACGAGAGAAUUACAGAAAUUUCAUGAGGGAAACGACAAAAAACACCCUGCUGAAUUUGGAGAUCCUCCGCAGGAGAGAACUGGACAGCAGAGCCAUGGCGACUGCUAGAUCGGGAAACUUCAGGCCUCAUGAACAUCUGAUGGAUAACAACAACGCAGAAAGGGUGGGACACAGCUGCACUGGCAGUGCUCAAAGCUGUAGGUCCAAAGCGAAUCACCUGUAUACAGGCAUGGUAGGAACGGGGCACAGCGGCUAUGGGGGUGCGGGAAGCUAUAUGCACAAAGAGAAUCAAGGACCUAGGAUAGCUGUCCAGAUAGGUCAUGAAACACAGCGUGAGACACCAGAGAUGAAUGUGGAGAGAGAUGAGUCUGAGUGUCUGAGAGCUGUGACAGACCAAAAUGGUCAGCACAGUGAGGAAACGUCUGAAAAAAUAAACAGCGCCUCUGCAGAGAGGAGGGUAGAGGCCGUGACAUACAUACAGGUGUCUGACUGUGCCGUAGAGGAACAUCAAAGGAAUGAGGAAACCAUGCUAAAACCUCAGGGGCAAGGCAUAGGGACAGACAAUAUUACACCAUCGAGAAUGUGUAUCCAGAAAGACAACAAGAAACAGCCUGAGGCAGCAUCAGACGUGGAGGUCAACAGAUAUGAUGAGCCUGGGCCAUCAGAUGUAGAGGUGGACAGAUAUGAGGAGCCUGAGGUAGGCCUACUUGGAGGUGAGACAGAGCACAGUGCUCAGGGUUGUGGAGAAAAGACAGGUGAAUUGGACUGCACCACUACAAAGAUGAGGGGGGAAGCUGUGAAGGAGAGGCCACGAGUGGCAGAACAGACUUUAGACCAACAGCAAAGAAAGAUAUGGGUCCUGGAACGAGUGACAGCAGAGCUGACUAGUAAGUGCACAGUGAUGGAAAUAGAGAGAGCGAAACAAGACCUGAGGAUUAGCCAACUGGAGAGUUUAGCAGCACAGAUGAUGAACACAAUUGCAGAGAUGGAGAAUCGCGAUGAAGCAGAACAAAGCAGAGAGGAGAAGGGGAACGAAGAGAAGAUGGAUAGAACAACAGAAGAUGCUGAUGUCCAUGUAAGACAAGACAAUGAAAAAACAGCAAUACUGGCGUCGUCUGAAAAAGUGACAGCUCUUACAGAAGAAAUGUGUGAACGAAAUGACAUCGAGAAAACAAAAUGGUCCUGUUUGGACGGUGAUGACUUGGAAUUUGUCCAUCAGAGACAGGAGGAGAGACACAGACGAGAAAAUGGAUACAAAAAAUCCUUGAUGAGCUUGGACAGAAAGAUCACCGUUCAUAGGGAGGCAAGGAGAAGAGAGAGGGACGCUAUGGAAGCAGCAGAAAAGACAAAAACACACAAUGAGACAAUGAUGAUGACACAUGAGCCAACGUCAUGGAAUAACUGGUCGGACUCAGAAGACACAGAGUUCCUGAAAAAGAGAGAUUUGCUGAGGGCACAACGAGAGAUGGACGCUUCAAGAACCAAAGAAGAUGAACAUGAGAGAGAGAUGACAACAGCUCAUUGCAGUAACGCAAUACGAACAGAGAGCAAAGGUGGACUUAUGUCUCUGAAAACAGAGGAGGAAAAAAUGAGGAAAAAAAUGCAAAUGGCUAGAAGACGAGAGAAUUACAGAAAUUUCAUGAGGGAAACGACAAAAAACACCCUGCUGAACUUGGAGAUCCUCCGCCUGAGAGAGAUGGACAGCAGAGCCAUGGCGACUGCUAGAUCGGGAAACUUCAGGCCUCAUGAACAUCUGAUGGAUAACAACAGAGAAAGAGGGGGACCCAGCUGCACUGUUAGCACUCGAAAAUGUAGGUCCAAAGCGAAACACCUGUAUACAGGCAUGGAAGGAGCCGGGCACAGCGCCUAUGGGGGUGCAGGAAGCUAUAUGCACAAGGAGAAUCACCGGUAUACAGGCAUGGAAAGAGCAGGGCACAGCGCCUAUGAGAAUGCAGGAAGUUACAUGCACAAAGAGAAUCAAGCAUAUACAGGCAUGGAAAGAGCGGGGCACAGCGCCUACGGUAGUGUGGGCCACUCAAGGCCUAGAGGCUACGUCGACAUGGCGACAGCAACAGAAGGAGAGAGACACAGUGACCCACAGCCUGAUGGUUCCCAGGGACAGAAGCAAACAAAGAGAGGGAAUUCUGUGCUGAGGUGGCUCAAGAAAAGAUUGAAGAACCAAAGAGGACAAAAACGAGAGAGAGAUGACAACAGCUCAUUGCAGUAACGCAAUACAUGCAGAGAGCAAAGGUGGACAAAUGUCUCAGAAAACAGAGAAGGAAAAAAAUGAUAAAAAAAGAUGCAAGUGGCUAGGACACGAGAGAAUCAGAGAAAAGUGAUGAUGGAAACGACAAAAACACCCUGCUGAACUUGGAGAUCCUCCGCCGGAGAGAGCUGGUCAGCAGAGCCAUGGCGACCAUUAGAUCGGGAAACUUCAGGCCUUAUGAACAUCAGAUGGAUAACAACAACACAGAAAGGGUGGGACACAGCUGCACUGGGGACACUGGAAGCUGUAGGUCCAAAGCGAAUCACCUGCAUACAGGCACGGAAAGAGGAGGCCAUAGUGCCAAUGUGGGUGCGGGAAGUGACAUGCAUAAAGAGAAUCACCUGUAUACAGGCAUGGAAAGAGUGGGGCACAGCGCCUAUGGGAAUGUGGGAAGCUGUUGGUCCAAAGAGGAUCACCUGUAUACAGGCAUGGAAAGAGGAGGCCAUAGUGCCAGUGGUGGUGCAAGAAGCUACAUGCACAAAGAGAGUCACCUGAGGAUAGGCAUGGCAAGAGCGCAGCACAGCGCCUAUGGGGAAUGCGGAAAACUACAUGUACAAAGAGAAUCACCUGUAUACAGGCAUGGAAAGAGCGGGGCACAGCACCUACGGUAGUGUGGGACACUCAAGGCCUAAAGGCUACGACAUGGUGACAGCAACAGAAGGAGAGGGACACAGUGACCCACAGCCUGAUGGCUCAGACAGAGGCAAACAGAGAAAAUUCUGUGCUGAGGAAGCUUAUGAAAAGAUUUGGAUUCGAGAGCGGAAAAUGAGGACCAACAUGUGCAACAAAAAUACUGAAAAAUAGCAAUUAUGUAUUUUUGAAUAUCAAAUGUAUUGUGGUUUAUUCUUCCCACAUGGUAAAACAAACAAAAACAACAACAAAAAUAAGUUCAAGCAAAUAAAGUAAAUUCAGCAUCAAAA